AUGUCCACCACCACAGAUAUUCAAUACCUCUUCAAACUCUCUUCCCCCGUCGAAACCGAAGCAAAACUCCAUGAAGUCCUUCAAGACGACAAGAUCCCAGUCAUCGAAAUUCUAGAACUCGAGGAGCCUCCCGCUCUUUACGCCUACAUGACGCCAUCCAUGCUAUUUUUCCUGUUGAAGGAGUUUCCCAAGGCAGACUUCCCAUUCUACACUACACGAAAGCUAGCAGCCAAAAACCUCUCCAAGACGUCUCUCUCGCCCACCCUAGGCAUUGAAACCACCCUAGCCCAACAACGUGCUCCUAUUGUUAAGCCACGCCCAAGGCAAAAUGAGUACCCUGUGUGCUACUUCUUCUACGGCACACUUAGCGAGCCCGCACUCCUUGCACGGGUUUUGGGGGCUGAAGCUAUCCUUACCUCAGAGGACCUUGAGGAUGGUGCGGAGACAGAGUCACAAGACAAUUCGACGACUUGCUACGAAAGCCAUCCAGACGGUGGCUUCCAGGAAGUGGAUAAGGAAGAGGAAUUGGAUCAAUGCCUGCAAUUACAAAAAAGCGUCACUCUGGCCCCAGCCCCUAUGCUGACACCUGCGUGUAUUCUUCGCGGCAAGGUGCGCUUGUGGCGCGGGAAGUAUGCGGCGCUUGUUGAUGGGGUUGAGGAUGAUCUGGUUCAGGGGUGGGCGUAUGAAGUCACUAAUAAGGAAGAUGAGGAUAUAUUGAGGGAGUAUGUGGGGGGAACCUAUGAUGUUGUUAGGUGUGAGAUCAGUGUGCGUGAGCAAGAGGGGCUGGUGAAGGGUUUGACGUUCAGGUUUUGUGGGAAGAAGCGGGAGUUGGAGGGAGAGGUAGAGGAGGGGUCUGAGGAAGACGAUGGUGAGGAGUCUGAGGAGGAGGUGCCUGAUGAGGAGUUGCCUGAUGAGAACAUAUCUGAUGACGAGGAGUCUGAUGAAGAUGAACCUGAGCAAGAAGAUCCUGAUGGCGAGGAAUUAGAAGAAUUGGGCUCAGAAGAUGGAAACGAGGAGGGGACUGAAGAAGAUCACCACGAGGACGACGCGUUCGAGGAAGAGCUGGAAGAGGAGGAGUUCGAUAAGGACCUCGAUGGUGUCGAGGAAGAGUCUGAUGAGGAGACUUAUGAAGAAUCUGAUGAAGAAGCUGAUGAAGGUUUCGAAGAAGAGGCUGAUGACGCGGAGUCUAAUGGGGAGGAGUCUGAGGACGACAAUGAGGAAGAGUCUGAGGGCAUGUGGGAAGACUUGCAACCACACGCGCUCUUUGCCUACACUCCACGGAUGAUUCGCUAUUAUUCCAGGACGAGCAAUUUUGCACCCGAAGACUUAGGGUAG